GAAUUCAUCGCCGGUGGCGCAAGACGAGCGCAAGACAUAGAAUGCUGGCGUGACGAAUACUCAAGGUGCGAAGAGUUGAUUAGGCACAUAGUGGGUCUAUAUAGAGGAAACCUUGGUACUGUAUAGCCCAUCUUUCCACGAACGAACAGAAGAAAGCUUUGCGAAUAUUCAACUCAGGAUCGACGACGUCCAAAAUGGCCAGCGAUACCACAUACACAGUUGGGCCCAAGGCUGCGCACACGCAAACGGUAAUCUUUCUGCAUGGCCGUGACAGCAACUGCAGGGAAUUUGCCGACGAGCUUUUUGAGAGCGAGGCCUCCGAGCCAGCUAACCAGCCGCGAACGCUGCCAGACCUUUUCCCGGGCAUCAGAUGGGUGUUUCCCAGCGCCCCGACACUGCAGUCCGAACGCUUUGGCACAGACAUGUCGCAGUGGUUCGACAUGUGGUCCGUGGAAAACCCGGCAGAACGUCCGGAGCUGCAACAUCCUGGACUGCAUCAGAGCGUCAAACAAAUCCUCGGGGUCAUUAAGGAAGAAGAGAUGUUAGUGCCACGGGAAAGAAUCUUCCUCGCUGGGAUUAGUCAAGGCUUCGCGACCGCCAUAGCGGUCCUUUUUGCUGCUGCGCCAAAGAGGUUCGCCGGAUUGAUAGGACUAUGCAGCUGGAUGCCGGCCGCAUUACGCGCGGAGGAUUUCCAGAGCUUUGAACGCGCAUCGGAUGGGAAAUUGAACCGCAGCACACCUGUUUUCCUCGGGCACUCCAAAGACGACGAGGUCGUGCCAAUCAAAAACGGCAGAGACCUCAGGGAUACCCUCCAGUCACGGCGGCUUCAAGUCGAGUGGAAGGAAUAUGAAGAUGGCGGGCAUUGGGUCAAUGAACCUCAGGGUGUGGAUGAUAUUGCUCGCUUCAUAAACAGUCACAUGCUUGAUAAGUCCUCGGAGGGACCUGGAGGAUAAAUUGAGAGCGCAGAGUCGUGCCACUCAACGAAUACUAAGUGAUUAUCUUGUUGGUGAUUGCUCGACAUGUAUGAUUCUAGCUCCAUAUAGAGCCGCGCCUUGUCAGAUUCACAGGUAGCAAUUGAAUUGAGCGUUG